CUCGCGCUCACAUCCUCCUCCUAACUCAGAAUGUCCAAGCCCCAGCUCACGCUCUACACCUACUUCCGCUCGUCGGCGGCCACGCGCGUGCGCACCCUCCUCUCGCUGCAGGGCACGCCGUACGACAGCGUCUACAUCCACCUGCUGAACGGCGACCAAAAGGCCGCCGCGUACGUCGCGCUCAACCCCUCGGCCGCGGUGCCCACCCUCAAGGUCGUGGACGGCGCCGACGAGUGGUACCUCACCCAGAGCGCCGCGAUCCUGGAGUACCUCGACGCGGUGUAUGGCGCGGGGAGUGCGUGCGGGAGCCUGAUGCCUGCCGACGAGAAGGGCAAGGCGCUCGUGCGCAGCAUCAUCGAUGUGCUCGUGUGCGACAUGCAGCCGCUCGCGAACCUCAAGACCCUGCAGAAGGUCAAGGCGAUGGGGGCGGACAGCGAGGCGUGGGCGAAGGAGGUCAAUGAGGCGGGGCUGAAGGCGCUCGAGGGUCUGCUCAAGCAGUAUUCGGGCGGGAAGUAUGCGUACGGCGACAGCUUGACGCUCGCGGACGUCGCACUCGCCCCGCAGAUGUACACGUGUCUCCGCUUCGGCGCCAACCUCGCCGACUACCCCACGUGCGCGGCCGUGUUCAAGCACGUCUCGGCGCUGCCCGAGUUCAUCGCCGCGGACUGGAAGCACCAGCCCGACACGCCGGCUGAGCUGCGCGCGUAGACGAGACAGUAGAUGGCAGACGCAUUCUAUCAUGGCACAGCAUCUAGUAAC